GAUGUACCAUAUAUUCCUAAAAUAGAAUGGUCAGCGACUUCGAGAUUGAAGGAUGCUGUGAUUCAGUUCAAAAAGCAUGUGGAUUCUCUUGAGGACUUUUGGUCCACAUUGGAUGACAUUGACAACUCUCUUUGGGUUGUUGAUCCUAAGUUUCCAUGCCGAGCUAUGUGCCAUCGUCUAGUCAAUAUAGUGCGCAGAAUCCUAAAACUGUUCCAGAGUGCCGCUUCAUGGGUCCAGAUUCUAGUAUAAGCCCUUUGAGAAAGGCGUGGAGCAGAAACUGCAAAAAAUGGAUGCCAGAAAAACCUUUUCGAGAUAAUCUGGUCUGUAUUUUUGGGUUUGAACUACCAAAGGGCCCAGAUACAGAGAAGGAUGAGCAGCAAGUGGAAUGUGGAAUAUGUUAUGCUCAGCAUCUUCCCAUUGAGGAUGAACUUGGAACCAAGAGUGGAUGCGCGACGGACUACCAGUGUGAUAAUGCGAACUGCAGCAGAGCUUUUCAUAGUCUUUGUCUAAUAGACUGGUUACGGUCUAUCACCACAACUAGGCAGUCAUUUGAUGUUCUCUUCGGAAGUUGUCCGUAUUGUUCUGAGCCAAUUGCUGUCAAAAUCAACAACACUAGGAGUUAAGUCAAUGCAUCACUAUGAGAAGAGACAUCAUGCUAGUGAGUUUUGGGUGGGAAUGAGCACCUUCCUCCCCCUAGAAUCAAUCCCUUCAAGUAUUUCAUCCACAACCCUUUGUCUAUGGCAUGAUUUCGUACGACUUAACGAGAGAGACCGUUAUUUUUGUACGCAUUCGGCUUUUGACCUAUUUCUCCUUUUACACUGCUCAAUUCAUAUCGUCUUAUCCGUCAUUAUCUACAUCAAAAUUAUUUCCUCAUGAAA